AUGCAGUAGUAUGAGAAAAAGGAAACUCCCCUUAAAUGCGUGCGCAUAAGUACAGUAGCCAUAAUAUCCGACGUUUUAUCAUCAGCUCCUAGAUUUUGUAAACCUUUUUUAUUUCACAUUAUUAAUUAAUUUUAAAUGAUAGAUAAUUUAUGAAAGUAAAUAAAAAUGGCAGAAAAUAAAAGCAGCUCAAGCGGGGAGGAGAAACCAGUAGACAAGUCACCUAUGAGUCAAUGUUACGAAAAUUAUAUCCUCGUUGACGUGGGCGCAAAUAUGACCAACAAAAAGUACAGUCGUGAUCUAGACAGUGUCAUCCAACGAGCUAAGGACGCUGGAGUACAGAAAAUAAUGGUAAUCGGAGCAAGUGUACGUUCUAGUAAGGAAGCGCUGCGCUUGACAAGAAUAUACCCAGGUGUACUCUAUUCAACAGCUGGAGUUCAUCCUCACGAUGCGAAGUCUUGGGAAGAUUCAGACACACUGAAUGAACUCGAGAGCAUCGCCAGUAAUCCGGAGUGUGUCGCUAUCGGGGAAUGCGGUCUUGAUUACAAUCGAGACUUCUCAGAUCCAGAAACACAGCGCGCUGUUUUUCACAAACAAAUAGAAUUAGCUUGCAGACUAAACAAACCGCUGAUUGUUCAUGAGCGUGGAGCACAAGCAGACGUGUUAGAGGUACUGAGUCACUACAAAAAUCGUUUGCCGCCGGUAAUGAUUCAUUCGUUCGUCGGGAUGGCUGAUGAAGCACAAUUAUAUAUCGAUCAAGGUUUUUACAUUGGUAUCACUGGUUAUUUGUGUAAAGAUAAAUCGGACAGCGGUGUUCGACAAAUUCUUGAGACUGGCAAUGUCCCAUUGGAUAAAAUAUUAGUUGAGACUGAUGCACCAUUUAUGUAUCCUAAUACUAGAGCUAGUAAACUUCCAAGUCAUGUAAAAGAAGCAUUAACCGAAAGGUCAAUGACUUUUCUUCAUCGUUAUUGCACUUUUCAACGUAAUGAACCUUGUGCCUUGCCGGCAAUUGUCGAAAUGAUAGCUGCUUUUAUGAAUAAAUCACCAGAAGAAGUAGCUUUAGCCACUGCUUUUAACGCUCUUAAGCUAUUCGGCUUAACUCAAUAAUUUCAUUAACAAUUGAAAUUAUAUUAAAUCUUAUAUCUUUUUAUUUUAAUAAUUGAGAUAUGAUUGUAAAAGUCUUAUUAGGGGUGCUCGUCGGUGCUAAUAUAAAUAAAUUUUUUAGGCAGCUUAUCAAUUUAAUGCUGGUGAUAUAAAAGAAAAAAAAUUGAUCGAACAACAUUAAAUUAAAUAUUUGUCAUUGGUAUUAUUUCAAUAAAUUUGUUGAUUUUUAUGUUAAUUGAAUACGUUUGGAACUAACCAAUGUAUUGUAUUGUAUUUUUAAAUUUUAAAACGCAACAUGUUUUAUAUUUUUUAAUAUUUGGAGUAUAUAAUAAUUCGCCAAUAACUAUGUGAAUUUUAAGUUUUUUUUUUUUUAAAUCAAAUUAUACAAACAUUUGAAAGCGUGGUAAUUGUGUAUAACUAACUUGUUUUUUAAUAUAAUAUGUAUUUUGUAUGUGAAAUUUAUUAUUUUUUUGUUAAUUAAAUACUCAGUAGUUAGUUCCGUCAUCAAUAUCAAUCGAUUGUUAAUUAUAAAAAUUUACUGUCAACUUAGUUUGAAUGAAUUUUACAAAUAGUCAAUAUAUUUUAUUGUUAAAAAAUAUUAACAACUAUUUUCAUAUAAUAAAAUCAUCUAAAUAUAA